AAAACAUAAUAAGAAAAUUUUCUCUCUCUUCUCUCUAUCUCUCUUUCAUACGAUUAAACUUAAGGUUGAACUAUAUUGUGAAGGAAUUCCUGCAACAGGCAUAGGGCAAAAAAAUCAGGACAAGCUCAUCCAACAGUAUGCAUCGGAGCUAGGUGGAAUAGCUUUCGCCUAUGAUGGUGAGCGGCGCUCUUUCAUUACAAUUGGUGCACUACCUGAAAACAAACUGAGAUCACUAUUCUAGAGAAGGAUGUCUCUUCUUCAAGAAGCAUAUAUACAGUGGAAAUGCAACGUAAAACAGAUUUUGCUAUCACAUAUGUUUCACAGUUUUUGACAAUGUUGGACACAAUACUGAGACAAUGUGCUGCCAUACGAGGGGCGGCCUUUUUAUGCACAAAAAGUUUGCCUAUCUUGGUAAUGAAGAUUUAGGAUACCGGGGUUUUCAUUCAAGUUACUAUUUCACUCAGAAAGGCCCUUCAUUGAACAUGGAUGCAUCAACCCGUGUCAUUGCGAAGCAACAAAAAGUUAUGGACUUCAUUAUUGCAAAUGCUAGUGAAGAUCAUGCCAGUAUUGAUUGGGUCAAGGCUGAGAGGAUGCUCAAGGGUCUGAGGAUCAAGACUAUGAUGGUUCGCAUUUUCGCAGGCGGGAUUAGCGCUCGGAAAAGCUAUUUCGAAAUCGUUGAUACUCUUUCGAACUUUGUUUUAAAAAAGUCAUCUCCUAAUUUUUAGGAAAAUUAGUUUUGAAGGGUUUAUUCAUACACUGUGAAAAAUCCUUCUUAAUCCAAAGUUCUAGGUAAGGGUUCUGGUGAUCCCCUAGGGAAGGUAUUAGGCACCCUAGUAUUAAAGAUCUGUACUAUACGGUUGACCUUUGAAUUCCAAUGUGUGAGUAUUUGCAUGAACUGUUUAUUUGGUGU